AUGAGCAUCAUUAGUUCUGCUUUACAUGACAUUAUAAAGAGGAGAUAUUUACCUCUGGUCACAGAUGAAGAACACAGAACAGUUCAGAAAGAAGAAAACAGCAAAUACACAAAUAAUCAAGAUAAUUUUGCAUUAAGAGGACAGGCUGUACAGUCAUCCUCAUAUUGGAAAGCAGCAAGGGCUAUUGACACUUCACGUUCAACCUGCUCCUCCACAACCACAACUAGUAACCCGUGGUGGAGACUGGACCUUCUGGAUUCUUACUACAUCUCUCGAGUCGUCAUCACUAACAGAAGAGACUGCUGUCCAGAACGACUCAAUGGAGCAGAAAUACAUAUUGGAAACUCUUUGGAAAACAAUGGCAACAAUAAUUCCAGGUGUGCUGUGCUUUAUGGUGUGGCAGCGGGUCAGUCUGUGUCUGUGUCCUGUGACAAUAUGAAUGGGCGAUAUGUGAAUGUCUUCAUACCUGGACGUUACAAAAUUCUCACUAUCUGUGAAGUGGAGGUUUAUCUGCCAGAGAAUUUGGCAUUAAGAGGACAGGCUGUACAGUCAUCCUUGUAUUCUAAUUGGGUGGCAGCAAGGGCCAUUGACACGUCACCCUCAACCUGCUCCUGCACAGAAGUGUACACAUCUAACCCCUGGUGGAGACUAGAUCUUCUGGAUUCUUACUACAUCUCUCGAGUCGUCAUCACUAACAGAAGAGACUGCUGUCCAGAACGACUUGACGGAGCAGAAAUUCAUAUUGGAAACUCUUUGGAAAACAAUGGCAACAAUAAUUACAGGUGUGCUGUGUUGUAUGGUGUUGCAGCGGGUCAGUCUGUGUCUGUGUCCUGUGACAAUAUGAAGGGACGAUAUGUGAACGUCAUUAUACCUGGACGUAACAAAAUUCUCACUAUCUGUGAAGUGGAAGUGUAUCUGCCGGACUGGAAAAAAACCUUUGUGAUUAUGACAUUUCUGUCCAGUGUCAAUAUGACUGAUCCAGCUGUCAGUAACAUGAUUCUUAAUCGGCUGAAGACCGCUUUGACUUCUAAAGGACUCUCAAAUUUCACACUGACCUGGACAAAACUCCCUCAGAAAGUCAAACCAGAGAUUAAACUGGAUGAUGAUGGUAAAUAUGUUUACACAACACAACAAAAAUAAACCUUUUUAAUAUCCUCAGUACAUGAAAGAAAGGUGUAUUUAUGAUUUAUUUUUGUCUUAUUGUUUUAUUCACAGGUCCAUGUGUUUAAGAACCUGAAUAAUCUUAAAUAAACACAUUUGAUGAUAAAGGCUUAGUUUAGUACAAUGUUCUAUUUGUUAGUUUAUUUUAGUUAUUGGUAACUGAUUGGUGUGAUAGUUAAUUUUUCUUUAAUUCUCUUCCUGGUCAUUUUAAAUGAUUUGUAGUUGAUGAAUUGUAAUUGGUUUGUGACUAAAGCAAUGAUAAAUUGGAUUGGACCUCUGCCCUGCAGUUACAUCUUUGAUAUUCUCCAGCAUGUC